AUGAGGGGAAUGACCAAAAUCAGUUUUUAUUCUGCCUUAGGAAAUAGAAUAAGAAAAGUAAAAGUAUCGCUUCAAGAGCUUAUUAGUGAAGGCGUACAAGCUCAGGUUUAUCACGGCUGCUAUUAUGACACUAAAUCUAAGAAUGAAAAAUGUGUAGCGGUUAAGUUGAUUGGUACUGGAACACAACAAACUCAGAACAACGCAUUACUGAGUGGAUACGAGAAAAAGCUUAGAGAAUUGAACAACAAAGAUAAGAAUGAGUUAACGAAAUUGGAUGAAAAACGCAAAGAAAUGCUUGAAGAAAAUAUCAGGGUAGCAAAAGAGAAUAAAUCAAAAUCGCUAAAGACAAUUGUUGAAGACUCGAUGAAUGAAAUUAAAGUGCUUAAAUUGUUUCAAGAAAGGUUUUCGAACGAAAAUAAACCGCUUGAUCAUAUCAUCAAUAUGUAUGAUGGAGGGUCGAUUAUAAAAAUACAUGGUGAUAAAGAUAAAGAACAAAUGUUUGAUUAUAUCAUUAUCCUGGAACUAGGAAAUGAAACAUUUCUGGAAAAAAUAUUAUCAACAGCAGAAAAUCAUGUCGAGAAAGAUGAAUCAAUGCUUAUGAAUGUUUUGAUUGCUAUUCAUAUGGACUUCAAACCACAAAAUUUGGUAUAUGUUUCUGUUGAUACAAACAAAAAUCAAAAAGAGCAACGUUUGAAGGCUGUUGAUGUUUCUCGUGAAACUAUCAAUGUUCAAGAAGAAAAACAUUUGAAAGCUAUUGACUUUGGCGGGAGCAUGUUUCUAAAUCCAACAGUGUGGAACAAUAAAAGUAGCACUAAAUCAAACAUAAGCAAUUUAACAAAGUUCGCGCGCUCAUUUUCUCUUCCUGCUAAUUUUGAUGGUAAAACUAAUCUCGAAAAAAGUCAAUCAAACAAUAAAACGAAUAAUGUUGAAAAGAUGAUAGGUACUCGUCGAUAUUUGCCGCCGGAGCUUGAUACAAACUUCCGGAUUGAACAAGCCAAAUUGCUGCCAAGUCAAUCCAAUUCAAAAACUCGAAACGUAUUCUUAGAAAUCAUUUUUCCGAUAAUGUUUUUAAUAUCAUGUAGGCAUCAGCAUCAACCAAAUCUGACGUUUGGAUGUUUGGCAUGA